AUGCUGGCGUUUGUGUCCCAAGCGUCAGCUUGUGCCAGCGUGCAGGCCCAGGGCCCCGCCCAGUGCCCAGCCCCGCUGGGAGCCCCGGCCAGCACCACGGACGGCGCCCAGGAAGCCCGAGUCCCCCUGGACGGGGCCUUCUGGAUCCCGAGGCCCCCAGCAGGUUCGCCCAAGGGCUGCUUCGCCUGCGUGUCCAAGCCCCCAGCUCUGCAGGCUCCAGCGGCCCCGGCCCCCGAGCCCUCGGCCUCGCCCCCCAUGGCGCCCACCCUGUUCCCCAUGGAGCCCAAGAGCAGCAAGACAGACAGCGUGCGGGCUGCCGGCGCCCCCCCGGCCUGCAAGCACCUGGCAGAGAAGAAGACCAUGACGAACCCCACGACCGUCAUCGAGGUCUACCCGGACUCCGCGGAGGUGAAUGACUACUACCUGUGGUCCAUCUUCAACUUUGUCUACCUCAACUUCUGCUGCCUGGGCUUCAUCGCCCUGGCCUACUCCCUCAAGGUCCGGGACAAGAAGCUCCUCAAUGACCUGAACGGGGCGGUGGAGGACGCCAAGACGGCACGGCUGUUCAACAUCACAAGCUCCGCGCUGGCCGCCUCCUGCAUCAUCCUGGUCUUCAUCUUCCUGCGGUACCCGCUUACCGACUACUGAGGCCCCAGUGGGCACACUGGCGGGACACGCAGCCCUGAGACACGGCCAGGGCAGAGCCGGGCGUCCACCCUUGGCGCCCCCCCGCCCCGAAGCUGUGAGCCAGGCCGUGGGGCCGUCGGAAGCUUCGUCUGUCAAGGGGGCAGCGAGCUUCGUGCUGGCCCGGCCUCCCCGCCUCUUGGCCCCCGCCUGUUUCUGGGGCCCCUGGGUUUCCUUCUGUGCUGCUGCUCCCCGGCUGUGAGUGGCUGCCCCCCUUCCCCGCCUGUGCCCCCGCCCGGGCUCCCGGGGCCCCUCAGACCUGACACCCUGCAAGAAGGGCUCGUAUGGGGGCUUCCCAGGAUGGGGCAGGGGCCUGCCAGCAUCUGGGGACUCACUUCCCCCACGAACCCGCCCCCUCCAAGCUGUGACCCUGCUCUGAGCUCUUGUAUCUGUGAACCUCCAAUAAAAUACUCGCCCAGCUGUG